CGGUUACUCUAGGCAUGAACGUUCAGCAGCAUGAUCGCAGUCUUGCACACAUGUGGGGUUUAUGUUGCUAGUAAAGGAAAGUUGGAGUGUUAAUUAAAGUUUAUUGUAAAACGUUUCAUUUGACAUGUUAUCAUGUCUUCUUCAUUCUUUAUUAAGACGAAAUCAAACCCUAAAUUAGCCAAAAAAGGAAAAGAUACAGCGGCGUCAAAACGAAAGGGUGAUGGUGGUUCAGGUGGAAAUAUCAAAUUAAUCGCGAAAAAAAACAUCCACAAAUUCAACGAAGAGAUUUCCAGUGACUCUGAGACAGAAAGUCCUGCAGUGACCAAGAGGAGAAGGCAGGCCAAAGAGGAGAUUAAGUAUGAGGAAACUCCCCAGGAGAAGAAGCUCAGAUUAGCUAAACUUUACCUGGAACAGCUGAAGGAAGAGGAGGAAAAUAAAGCUGAAGAUGAUGCCUUUGAGACCGAUUUGAUCGCAGGAAGACUCCAAGAAGAAGUGCUUGAGCAGAAAGGAAAACUCCAACGUAUUAUUGCCAAAGAUCUCAUCCCACCCGAUGCUUCAGAGAUCAGAGUAUUCAAGGGACACAAACUUCCACUUACCUGUCUUGUCAUCUCACCUGAUGACAAAUGCAUCUUCUCUGCUGCCAAAGACUGCUCAGUCAUUAAAUGGGACAUUGAAAGUGGCAGGAAGCUGCACACGAUACAUGGAGGAAGGAAAGGAACAGAAGAGUGCCAUGUUGGACACACAGCUCACAUCCUGUGCAUGACCAUAUCCUCAGAUGGAAAAUAUUUGGCCACUGGAGACAUGAACAAACUGAUCAUGAUCUGGGAGGCAGAAACUUGUAAACAUCUGUAUAAAUUUACAGGACACAAAGGCCCCGUGUCGGGUCUUUCCUUCAGGAAGGGGACUCAUGAUCUGUACAGUGCUUCUCAUGACCGUUCAAUCAAGGUGUGGAAUGUAGACGAGAACGCAUACGUGGAAACCCUCUUUGGCCAUCAGGAUUCGAUCACAGGUCUAGACAGUCUGAGCCGUGAACGCUGCGUGACUGCAGGGGGGCGGGACGGCACUGUGAGGGUGUGGAAGAUAGCCGAGGAGUCCCAGCUGGUGUUUCAUGGACAUGGUGGUUCAAUUGACUGUGUCCAGCUCAUAAAUGAAGAGCACAUGAUAACAGGAGCGGAUGAUGGCUCUCUGUGUCUUUGGAGUGUCAACAAGAAGAAGCCUCUCUGCACGGUGAAGCAGGCUCACGGUUGCCAUGGCGACUCGGGGCUGGAGCAGCCUCAUUGGGUGGCCUCAGUCGCAGCCCUUCAGAACUCCGAUACCGUCGCCUCAGGUGCUUUGGGCUGUUCUCAUAACUCUCAGGUGAAUGUGUGGAAAUGUGGUCAGAGCUAUCGUGGAUUGGAGCUUCUCUUCUCUGUACCAGUGAACGGUUUUAUCAACAGCCUGAAGUUUUCCAGCUCUGGUCAGUUCUUGGUAGUUGGAGUCGGACAGGAGCACAGAUUGGGGCGAUGGUGGAGAUUAAAAGAAGCCAAAAAUGGCAUCUAUAUCAUUCCUCUGAAAAGAAAACCUCAGGGUGCAGAAGGAAAUCAAGUUGACUGAAUAAUGAAAUACCUGUUUUGUAAAUAAAAAGCUUAAUAAACUGGA